AUGGCGUCGCCGUGGGCUCAGCACUCGCCCGUAUAUGGCGCGCGCUGCAGCCAAUUUCCGGUGGAGCAAUGCCCGCUUGGCGCGCAGGUCCUAGCUGCGCCAUUGUCGCAUCAGUCGCCGUCCCCGUCGUUUGCUCAUCAUCAUUCUCGCCAGCCACACGACUCUGCGACGUUAUGCGACGAGAAUCCGUCGCUUGAUUUAUUCGCGGAGAGUGACGUGGCAGCGGAGUUCUUGAACCUUCUGGACGCCAUUACGGACGGCUCGCAGUCGGACGGGACUCCCAUCGGCAGCAACGAUUCACAACAGCAGCAUGAUACUAACUUAUUGCACCACCAUCACCCGCACUUGUCGUCCACACCAUAUUCGCCUGCCGCCUCCGCCGCCGAUCCUGCCACACCCAUUUCCGUUUCCGCCAGCGGUGCUGCUAGCUUUCUGGCCGCAGCGCCAGAUUCGGUUGGCGGUGAUGCUAUGACGGCAGCAGCGGCACUGGCGAGCCCUGUGUCGGCGCGGCAUGGGGAGUCGUUGAGCUCGUUGGAGCCGGGGACGAUUCACGACGAGGCUGCGGAGUGUAUGGCGGGGGUCAAUGGCGGCCGUUCCGACGACCCCAUCGACGCGUUCCUCGGCAGCCUGCUGCUCGCGAAUCCGGCGUGCGGGGGAGGCGAUGCGCGCACUUCACCUUGCCCGUCCGCCUCUGUGGCUCGCAAUCAUGACUCGCCACUGCAAGGCGCGCCGAUGGUUGGCCAAUGCGCGGCGGAACGGCGGGAGUGUUGGCAUUCGGACUCGUUAGUAGCACCUCCCGCCUCUACCUCAUGGGCUUCGCUGCCGUUGCACAGGGAAGAGCCUCACUCGCCACUGCAGCAGCAGCAGCAGCAGCUUGUGAUGACGACGGCAGAAGGGAACGAGGCGUUGCAUGAGUGGGUACCUUGUGUACCGGUGCAUGUGCGCGCAGGGAGCGAGGGCGAACCAGCAUGUGCGGGGACUGGCUGGAGUGGCAACGCCGUGGGGGAAUGGGGAUUGGGCGGAAGCAAGGCGGGCGGAAUGGGCGUUGGGGGAGACAAUGCGCAGCAGGUGGAGGGUUCAGCGUCGCCUGUGGAGCUCACAGGCUCAGAUCUCUUCAAUGCGGCACGUAUGGAGGGAAGUGGUGUGGGAAGUGGGGCGACAAGCAGGGAGUGGAGCGAGGAGAGUGCGAGUGGCGAUGACAAUAAUGCUGCUGGUGCUGCUGCUGAUGAUUUUCCUGGUGGCGCUGUUGGUGGUGUGUGGGCGGGACAGCAGGUGGGCGAGCUGCUGGGAGCACAGCAACGACAGAGGCUUCACAUGCACCUGGAGAACCCGCUGCCGCAGCAGCAUAAUUAUGAUCUCAGGGCAAUGAUGAUGCAGCACGAGCAGGCGGGGCAAGCAGAUGGUCAGGAGCGUGGAUUCAACGAUGGGCGAGAGCGUGCGUUGGGUCCGCGUGAGCAAGUGACAGGCAGCAAGCGGCGAGCAGUGCAGAGGCGAGAAGGGGCCUCGGAGCACACAGCAGCAGAACGGAUAGCGUGCCAGGUUCACGCCUCUGCAGCAUGCAGCACUGAGCACCCUGCUGCUCCCACUGCGGCACCUGCCUUCCCUCCCAACCCCACCACCGCUAGUGCUGCUGCUGCUGCUGCAGGAGGAGCAGCUGCACCUGCGGUGCUGUCCUUACCCCAUGCAUGGUUCCUGUCAGGCUCGGGUGCAGACGGCCUGUCGCAAGAAAUGGAUCCGUUUCUCCUCGCGCAGCACAUCACCCGCUGUGCGCCUUCUCUCGCCUUCGCCCCUGCCAUGCUCGCUGCCCCACACGACCCCUUUUCAGCCCUGCAGCUGCCCUCUCUCGCCGCAGUUCCGUACACACGAGCUUCCCCCCAGGCGCUCUCAAGUGCUUCGGGCAAGCGCGAUGUGAGCAUGGACGAGGUGAGGCAGCUCGUGCUCGCCCUCGCUGAAGCCAUCGCCACCGGGGACACGGUCAGUGCUCCCUGCUCACCUUUUCGCUUCCUCCUCUGCAACCCCUUUCACAUCCCUCCCUCCCUCCCUCCCUCCCUCCCUCCCUCCCUCCCUCCCUCCCUCCCUCCCUCCCUCCCUCCCUCCCUCCCUCCCUCCCUCCCUCCCUCCCUCCCUCCCUCCCUCCCUCCCUCCCCCUCCCUCUCUCCCUCCCUUCGCUCACCACCCCACUUCCUUUUCAAUACUUGUCUUCGUGACCGGGUGGCAGGGCUGCGGGCGCGCGUGGCAGCAGCAGCGAGUGCGGAGGGGCGGGCGGGGCAGCGAGUGGCGCACUGCUUCCUGGACGCGCUCACAUGCCGCCUGCACGGCACGGGCGCUCUCCGCCUCUACAACGCCGCCUUCACCUCCCAGGACAUGCUACAGUCGCGCCAUGUGUACUUCACCACCACGCCCUUCGUCACCUUCCUCUACGCCACCGCCUAUUCCGCCAUCCUGGACACCCUCUCCCGCUCCUCUCGCCCCUCCCCUUGCACUGUUGUCGCCACGACCUCUCACUCCCCUGCUUUCGAUCCGUGCGCUCCUCGCAACACACCCUUGCGCUCCUCAUUCUCCACGCAUCCUGCUGCUGCCAGCACCAGCAGCAGCCACUGCAGCAACGGCUCUGGAGAGGUCUCUUGCUCUGGGGAAGCAACAGCAGGAGCAGGAGGAGGAGCAGGAGUGGGGCGAGCAGCGUGUGAAGCAGGGGCGAAGAGCCAGAGGAAAGGCAUGCGGGGGGCGCUGCACAUAAUCGACUUCGGAGUGUACCUGGGCGGGCAGUGGUCUCUGCUGCUGCGCCGCCUCACGUGCCUGCCUGGCGGCCCCCCUCGCUGUGUGCGCAUCACAACCAUUGAUAACUGCUUCCGUGCCGGCCGAGCCGCCACCCCCCACGCACAGGUGUGCACAGGAGGGCGGGGGGGGACAGGCGCAGGCGCAGGAGCAGGGGCAGGGGAAGCAGCGGCAUGCGGAGCGAAUGGUUUCAUGGGCAGGGGAGUGGGAGACGUGCAGGUGGAGGAGGUGGGGAGUGAGGAGCAGUGCUGGGUGGCGGACUGUGAGCAGCAGAAGCACGAGGAGCUGGGGAGGAAGCUCACAGCACAGCUGACAGCAGAGGCGGCCGCGCUGGGCAUAGAGAGGUUUGAGCACCGCGUGGUGACGAUCAACAAGGAUAACCUCGCUGAUAGUCUCGCCCAGGACGAGGAGGAAGAGGAGGAGGAGGUGGUGGCGGUGUGCUGCUGUUUGGAGCUGCAGUAUUUCCAUGACAGCUCUGUCAUGCGCAGCAGCCCUAGAGAUACCCUUCUCAAGUGGGUAUCCUCCCUAGCACCGGACAUCUUCACCUUCAUGGAGUUUGACCUCUCUGCCAACGGCCCCUUCUUCCUCUCGCGCCUGCGCAACUGCCUCGACUACCACGCCUCGCUCUUUGAGUGCCACGAGCACCUCUCUGCUACAUGCCCUGUCUCCAACCAAGCGCCCGUGCCAACCAAACUCCACCAGCAGUGCAACCAGCAACCCCAGCAGCACCACCAUCUGUCACCUGACGCACAGCCCUGUGCAGAAGGCGUGUUGGGAAGUGCUGACACCAGCUGGUCCCAUGCAUGCAUGGCCUCUCUCUCACCAGCCACUGCCAAGCCCGCACCACCCAGCUCCGCGCCUUUGCCCCUGCUCGAAACACCCACUCGCCGCGACCACAUCCUGGCAUUUGAGCGGGCCUUUUUCGGGUACAACAUUGUAAACAUGGUGGCCACAGAGGGCAUGCAACGCUCCGUGCGCCCGGAGAGCCUGGCGGAGUGGGCGCAGCGCAUUCGGCACGCGGGGUUUGUGCCGCUGCCGGUGCCGGCAGACGUGCUGGAGGAGGCGUAUGGCACCAUCCGUAGCACCCCCCCGGGGCUAGGCAUGCUGGCCACAGAGGGCGCCGUGCAGCUGACAUGGCAUGGCCGUCCGCUGCUCAUGUGCACUCUCUGGCAGGUUCCCUGGGUUAUGGGGUGA